UUGACAAUGAUUACACAUCAUUAUUACUCCGUGUUACAGUAUUAUUUCCCGACUGGUAGCUGCUCAUCACGUCCGCCGUCCGCGGUGAUUUUCCUUCUCUACACUUCCACUUUCUCUCUAAAUUUUUGAAGGGAAUGGAAGCAUAAAAAGUUGAAGUCAGGGGCAGAUCGGGCAGGGCCCAAUCCCACACUAAUACUUUAAAGGCGCAGACUCGGAAGUCGCAUCGUCGUUGAGUACUCCGGGUCCUCUUCAGUCUUCGCUGCUCGAAGUCCAGAACGCGAAUAUCAGUCGGCUAGUCCUCUUCUUCAGCCAGUCACGCACUCACGGUUCAGGUCGAUUUCUGGUCGGCCGUCGGCGGACGGCGCCUGAGCGCCUCUAUUUGCUAGCCGCAGCUCUCUCAGUCUGUGCCCUGCGCCUCUUCAGAUUUGAGAUCCGCCCCUGGUUGAAGUAUAAGAAUGCAAAUAAGGAAAAAUUGAAGCUAGGUGUCCCGUGAAGUUUCACUCCAGAAUGCACAGCUUUCGCUUCUUUUCCAUCUUCAUCACUCUCUGCUUUGCUUUCAAGCUCUCCUCUGGACUUGGGCCAUAUGUGAUGCGUAUUAGUUGUGGAGCAAGAAAAAAUGUUAAUAGUUCACCAACAAAUACUCUAUGGUAUAAAGAUUUUGCAUAUACAGGAGGGAGACCUGCCAAUGGAUCCCGAUCUAGUUUCAUCUCUCCCUCACUUGAAACCGUUAGGCACUUCCCAUUGUCAGACGGUCCAGAAAACUGCUAUGAUAUCAAGAGAGUGCCACGCGGACACUACUCAGUGAGGAUUUACUUUGGGCUCAUGAUAGAGCCUAGUUUUGACACUGAACCGCUGUUCGAUGUAUCCAUUGAAGGAACCUUAAUUUAUUCUCUACCCUCCGGCUGGAGCAAUCAUGAUGAUGAGAGGGCGUAUGUCGAGGCACUUAUAUUCCUUGAAGAUGGAACAGCCUCACUGUGCUUUCAUAGCACGGGGCAUGGGGAUCCCACAAUUCUCGCUAUUGAAAUCCUCCAAGUUGAGGAUAUGGCGUACCACUUUGGGACUACUGGUCAAGAUGAAGGACAAACACCAGCAAUACUUAGGACUCAUAAGAGACUUAGCUGUGGUGAUGAGGAUUCAAAAUUCGAUGCAGAUUACAGAGGAGAUCAAUGGGGUGGGGACCGCUUCUGGAAUUCCAUCACUACUUUUGGUCAAGAUUCUGACCGUACUAUAUCUACACACAACAGUAUUAAGAAGGCCUCUAUUCAGCCUAAUGUUUAUCCGGAGGCUCUCUACAAAUCGGCUAUUGUUGGUACUGCUGACCAACUGGAUUUGACUUACACAGUGGACGUGGAACCCAACAGGAAUUACUCCGUUUGGUUGCACUUUGCAGAGAUUGACUCAACCAUUACAGGAGAAGGUCAAAGGGUGAUUGAUAUUAUGAUAAAUGGGGAAGUUGCUUUUCAAGAUUUUGACAUUGUGAAGAUGGCUGGGGGUGUUAACACUGCCGUUGUGCUCAACAAGACAGUUGCAGUAAACGGGAGGAGUUUGACUAUCACAGUGCAAGCUAUCAAAGGACCUUAUGCCAUAAUCAAUGCCAUUGAGAUUUUUGAAGUUGUAGUUGCCGAAUCCAAAACUGUACUAGAUGAAGUCAGGGCCUUGCAGAAAUUGAAGGGUGCACUUGGGCUUCCACUUCGUCUAGGAUGGAAUGGGGAUCCCUGUGCUCCACAGCAACAUCCAUGGAGCGGAACAGACUGUUUACUGGACAAAGCUUCUAAUAGAUGGGUUAUUGAUGGCAUUGGGCUGGACAACCAAGGUUUGCGGGGUUUUCUGCCGAAUGAGAUCACCCAGUUGCGUAAUCUGCAGAGCAUAAAUCUGAGUGGAAACAGCAUUCAAGGGCCUAUUCCCUCAGGACUUGGAUCGGUGACUAGCCUAGAAAAGCUGGAUCUUUCGUACAAUCGUUUCAAUGGAUCCAUCCCUGAAAGUAUGGGACAAUUGACCUCAUUAAAGAUAUUGAAUCUUAAUGGCAACUCCCUCUCUGGAAGAGUUCCUGCUGCAUUGGGGGGAAGACUUUUGCAUAGAGCUAGCUUCAACUUUACCGAUAACGCAGGCCUAUGUGGUAUUCCGGGAUUGAGAACUUGUGGGCCACAUCUUUCUUCCGGCGGAAAAAUUGGGGUCGGAGUAGGGGUUGUGGUGACAUUUUGUAUAACCGCCACAUUCUUAACAUGUUGGUGGAAAAGAAGACAGAAUAUUCUGCGUGCUAAAAGACUGGCAGCUCGAGAGGCUCCUUAUGCAAAGGCGAGAACCCAUGCUGUAUCUGUGCAAAUGGGCACUCGAGCAGCUGCUGAAAAUGGGCCUCCAGUGCUGACUUGAACCUAUCAGAGUUCUGAAACUUCACACGAGACGUCCAGUUUUGUCAACUGAUAUUAGUAGUCAUACUUGUAUUCAAUUACCUCCUAUUCCCCUCUCAAUACUUGUAGUUUUGUUUGGACUAUAGAAUCAAAGAAGAAAGGAAAAAGAGAUAAGUAAAAUAUAUAUAUAUGAAUGUGUAGUGUGCUAUGUUCCAUGAAUACACGGAUAUGAAUAUAACGAUACAUCAUUUAUAUUCAAGGUUAGGUUCGGACUUCG